GCUGCAGCUCCUAGUUCAUACUCUCAGAUGUGAACCAGCCGAGCGGCUUCCUUCCUUGACAUCCUCGGCCGGCGCAGCUCAGUGUUCGAAUUAGUUGUGCAGAAUGAAUUCUCGUGUGGCAAGCAUUCACCUGGUCAGCCUGGUCAGCCUGGAUCGGCGGAUUUAGGAAAGCAAUGAGUUGAGAGCCACAUGUGCAUUUAGCCAACAUUAGUCAUUAGUCAGGAGUCUCUCGAAUUCUACGCAAGCAAGGUGUAUCCAUCAGUCUUUGCAACGAUGGAGCUCUUCUCCUGAAGAUCUUCCUUUACAUGGAGCAACUUGGGCUUGGAGUGUUCCGCUGUUGACGCUGCAGACUCGGCGAGCACUCUAUACGGUAACGAAUGCCUGACUGAUUUGUCUUCUUGCAGUUAUCGUCCAGUGUUUCAACAAGGUUAGUCAUCGUUGUAUGGUGUAUGUACAUAAUUGUACACUCAGCUCUUGCUAGUCUAACAGAGACGUGCAGCAUCAGGGUUUUCUAAGUUACGAUGAACUCUCCCGUUUCUAUGGAGAUUUUCCGCUGAUUCUCCGUAAGCCAUGCAAUUUCCCACCCUACUCCUCCUGUCAGGUGCCAUGCUACUGGCGAGUGAUUAUGUACACUGUGACUCUGCAGUCCACCAGUCCGCCACACAGGAGGCAGUGCAAGCCCCAGCAGCAACAAAGUCCUCUAGAGAGGUCAGCUCGCAGUCCCUCAGCUUGGAUUCGGACGUGUCGACCAGUCCAGCAAGCAAAGCUAGGUCGCCGAUCAGCACAGAUCAUGCAGCUGUGAGUGGACCUAUGGAUAAUGUAAUAGUCAGUGCCAGCUCAGAAGCCAGUCCAGGAAUGAAUAGUGAGUGUGACACUCUGCCAUGUGACACUCUGCCAUAUGACUGUAACCACCGCUUCUUCUCACCCACCGUGUGCCAGUACGACGAAGGCCAAUCUGCAGAAGGAUCGUUAGUAGGUGCCAUGUUUGCUUUGCAUCACACGUUUGACUUGGCGUCCAACACGUGUCCAGCUGGUUCACUGCAGCACCAGGAUGCGGCCAUCAGGACCCAUGCCUUGCUGUAUGCACGGCAGAAGUUCCUGGAUGAUGCUGAACACGAGCAGCCCAAUGUAACCAAGAUGCUGAGAGAGAAGCUGGGAGUGAAGUUAUCAGACCUGCUAGGUGUUAAGGUGCGGGAUACGUGUGCAUCGCUGCUGCUGAGUUCAUCACUGGCAUUGCAAAUGACAGCAGCGGUAACUAACAACAUGGGCAACACAGCAGCUAGCCAUGCAGACGGCGCAUACUGGAGUCCUGCAAGUAGCCAGGGUAGUGGUACCGGCACUGCAAGUCCUACUACUGCUUUCACCGAUGAACAGAGCAUAGCAAACUCUACUGGGAACAGCGACAGCACAUCAGCAGCAGCAGCAAUGACAUCACCGGCAAUGACAUCAUCAUCACCAGCAACAACAGCAGCAGCAUCAACAGCAGCAGCAUCAACAGCAGCAGCAUCAACACCGACUAGUAGCAGUACUGAAAGUCCAGCCCGCAACACGUUUGUGCCCUGUCAGUCUCCGAGUAUGGACAUUCUCCUUGGUCCUGGUCAGAGCACAGAGGUAGCUAGUGUAUCUCAGAUCGCUGCCUCGCAGUCCGUGCCGCAGAUAUCAUUCUGGGCUACAAGUAGGGAGUUUGACAAGACGGAUGUCUAUCCGAACCUGUUUCGCGUUGUCCCCUCCGACAAGUUUCAGGUCCGUGGCAUGGUGGACGUAGCCAAGUACUUUGGCUGGAGCUACAUAGCGCUGAUUGCUUCCAGUGACAAUCUCUAUGCACAGCAAGGAAUGGAAGGAAUACGCAACGAGGCCAAAGCUCAGAACAUCUGCAUCUCCCACGAGGCUAGCAUAGCCAGAGCGUAUCCAGAACGCAUGCAUCAGACCAUUGACAUACUGAUGGCAACGCCGCAGUUGAAAGUCAUCGUGCUUUUCUCCUUGCUGGCAGAGGCACGUAUGUUCCUGAUGGCAAUGAUUGAAAAGAAAUAUACGGAUGUAGUGCUGCUGGGCAGUGAAGACUGGGUCAACAGGCUAGACUACUCCAGCUUUGCUACCAAGACUGGUAUGCCCGCUAUAAUAGGGAUGGCACCACGCGCUAUCCGCGGUGAUUACUUGAGGAGCAUAACGAAUGAAAUUGCCCAGUCAUUCUCCAAUGCCAGCGUGCUAUCCACGUUCUGGCAAGGCAAUCCCUGGUUGAAAGCAUACCUCCAGGAGAAGUAUAACUGCACUGUUCCAGCAUCGCACACUGGCUUUAGUGGUCACUCUCUUGCUACUGCUGCUGUCAACUGUCAGAAUAUGCACCAGGAAAGGCCAAAGAAGAGAGUUUGCUCCAACGACGAACUGACCAACACUGACAUCACCAGUGUCCACGAGACAGAGCCAAUUAUUGAAGCCUUGUACCUAGCCAUGUCCACCCUCCUUCACACACUAGCUGAACAGGCAGAGGAUAUGCCAGAUGUGAAGAAUGCAUCUGAGGCAAGCAGUGGCUGCCGCACUCAGGCUAGACUAGAUAACAAUGCUAGACACAGACACUCCAGGGCUAUAUACUGUAUGCUUAGCAAAGCUACCGUGCCAUGCGACCAAGUGCAGCAUCUGAUACCAGAUGAGUACAAGACAACUAACGUUAACAACAACCAGACACGAUGUCGCUUAUUUGAUUCCGCAACACAGAGUGCUCUUCCGUUGUACUGGAUAGUGAAUGUGCAGCGUGUGUCCACCACCAGUUUGUUGCUGAGAAAGGUGGGCAGUUGGCAGGGAAUAGGGAGCAACGUAUCAUUAGCAGAGCGACUGACUUUCUUCAAUGCACCACGUCUUUUCUGGGGUGACAAUAGUAGUUCGAAUCACCAGCAUCAUGAUGUCAAGCCAUCCCGGCCUAUCGUCCCAAUUUCAGUGUGCCAUCAAGAAUGUCCGAAUGGAACACACGUCCUGAGAGAUAAGCAUCUACCGCUGUGUUGCUGGACCUGUGUGAAGUGCCAGACCAAUGCUGUCUCCAACCAAACUAACAGUGAACAGUGCACAGCUUGUGAUCCCAGAAAACACGUGGCAAAUGCUGAGCAGUCUCACUGCGUGGAUAAGCACAGGAAAUACAUGACAGUCACCAGUGGUUAUGGCAUCGUGAUCAUAGUGCAGGCAUGCAUUGGAUGUGUGACACUGCUACUGACCUUGCUGGCAUUCCACCGCCAUCACGACAAGCCCUACAUUAGGUGUUGUGACACUAAGCUGAGUGCAGUUAUUCUGUGCUCCGGCCUGGUCUCGUUCGUGUCCAGCAUAGUCACCCUACUACCACCCUCGCAUCAUCAGUGUACGCAGAUUCUUCUCUUCUCUACUCCCUGGCCUAUCCUAUCCACGGCUACCGUGCUGGUCAAGACUAAUAGACUGCGUGCCAUAUUCAACAUGGACGGUGUGUCACGUGGCAAGGCUCUGCAACUGCAAUAUCAAAUUGCAGUCAUCCUGUUCCUUACCGGCCUCGGUGAAGCCAUUGCCGUCACUGCAGUGCUGGUAGCUAAUCCUACAGUGGAGGAGAAGAACUGGCACACUGAUACCAUCGAGGUGGUGUGCCAGAGCAAGAAGUUCACCAGCUGGUACGGUGCCAUUGUGGCCUAUGACAUGCUGUUGACAAUUGUGAACCUUGCCAUGGCCUUUCAAGUGCGCAAGCUGCCCCAGCAAUACAAUGAAGCGAGGCUGAUCUUCAUGGCUUCGUUCUGUACAUUUGUUGUAUGGCUUGCCCUGGGUCCAGCAUUCUUCAUCACUGGACAAGGUUUCCUGCAGCCAUUCAUCAUUGCCUUGUCUUCUUCAGCCCAGGUUUGGUCCCUCUGGGCAUGUUUGUUUGCGCCACGCCUCUAUGAAAUUGUUCGCAAAAGGGACUACGGACCUCAGGCUACCGAUACAGGCAUACCCCACAAAGUGUCUUCGACAUUUGCGCACAGCCAACGCAGGACAUCAUACCGAGCUACCAGUAAUCGGUGCGGCAUAGCUCCAGUGCAGACCAUCUGUGUUAACGCCAAUACUGCCUGUCGCUCAAGAGAUACCCCGCUGGCAUCAUCCUCCUCUUCACCAUACUCAGAUUCUGCUGUAACAUAUACGAGUACCUCACCGGAUGAGCAAAUGGUCAAGAAAUGCACAUCCCUUUCAGCAUCGAGCAAUUUAGACUGCACACUGCAGCCUCCUCAAACAGCAGCAGCAGCAGCAACAACAUCCUCUACCUCCUCCUCCUCCUCCUCCUCCUCCUCCUCCUCCUCCUCCUCAUCAUCAUCAUCAUCAUCAUCAUCAUCAUCAUCGUCAUCAUCAUCAUCAUCAUCAGCAGCAGCAGCAGCAGCAGCAGAAGCAGCAGCAGCAACAGCAGUAGCAGAAACAGCAACAACAGGAGUAGCUAGGUUGCAUCAACCUGAAACACUAGCACGUGCUGUAAGUAACUAUCAACGUGCCUCACAGCAGUAUGCUUCUCAGCAAUCAGAUCCCUAGAGACUUUGAUUCCCAUGAUUGACUUCAUUGAGUUACUACACAUUCGAAGGUGCCAUUGGUCAUGGCAGUUAGUCUGUGUUCUUGAUCUUGUCAAUAAUCAUUACCGAUAUGCAGUGUGUUCACUACUCUUGAUCUCACGAUGACCUUUUCAACUACAGUACUACUGACUACUGUCCUACUGUACUACUACUAGUAACUUGAUUUGAUGUUACCCAAUGCCACUGUCACGUGAUUAUAUCAUUGCCAUAGCUACGAGUUCACACCUAUAGUAUUAUUUAUACACACAGGCACAUAUCGUUAAAAAAAAGAAGUAAAUUAUCGUGUCCGUUCCCGAAGGGAACUCACGACGGCCGCUAACACCCGGUAAACCCUAGCGGCAGAUGCAGCGCCUAACGGUGGGGGUGAGUGGAUGAGUCUCACAACCACUGGCACAAGUGCCGAGAACGACCCCAUUAGCUGCAUCCAUGUACCCCUUGUGCCUGGCCACAAGUUCCCAGUUGACUGUGGGUAGCAGCACGGCUGGAAAAAACGCUCCCAGGCAGGACUUGAACCAGGUACCUCUCGUAUCUCAAUCGUGGUCUUUGACCAACCCACGGUGUCUGCCUGGUUGCCCUCACAUAUCGUUAUCUACACACAUAUUUAAUACACACAAAUACACACUCAGACCUGCACAGACGCGUGUGCGCACA